AUGGGUUCAGAAGGUCUUGCACUGUCAGCAGUAACAGUUCAUGUGACAAGUUUUAAGAAGUUUCAUGGAGUUGCCGAAAAUCCGACAGAGACAAUUGUGCGUAAUCUGAAAGAAUACAUGGAGAAGAAGGGUUUACCAAAAGGGCUGGCGUUAGGGAGCUGCAAUGUUCUUGAAACUACAGGACUUGGGGAAGUUGCUCCUCUUCAUCAGAAGCUGCAAUCACUACUAGAAAAAAGACAUUUAACGACGAACAAUUUCAUCGCUGAUAUUGAGGAAGGUGAUUCAUUGUAUCUGGAUGCCAAGUCUUCAACUAAGCUUCUACAGGAGAAGCAAGAAAGAUAUAUUUUAUAA